UGGAGGAUGUGAUGGUGGAUGGGGCGUGUGUACUCCCACCGCAACGGCGCAAGGAACUUCGUGCCUCCCUCAUGGAGAUCAGCAAUGAGCUGCUGCAGUUUACACAGGCGGAGAUAGUAGCCAUGAAGAGUGCCCUGGAGAGCCAAUCGUCUGCACGCGAUGUGUCCCAUGCCACAGCCGUUCUACGCAGUGCGCUGUCGUUGUUGAACAUUGCGUUUUCGGUUUUCGGACCCAAAUUUGUUUUGCAAUUGGAGUUUGUGCCGCUUUUGGCGACUUUCCUGCGCUCCAAUCCCAUUUUUACCGAGCUUCGGCCACUGGUGAUGGAGGGCUUCUACGCACUGACAGUCAUCACCACACAAAUUCCUUACGCCACAAACAAGACACAAG